AUGGCCAAAGUCGAAAUCACACCUCUCAGGUCCUGGGAUGACUUCUUUCCCGGGUCCGAGAGAUUCGCCAAACCCGAUUUUAAUGACAUGGCGAGACUGAACAAUAGAGUAGUGAGCAACUUGCUUUAUUACCAGACAAACUACUUGCUUCUCGCCGCGGUUGUGUUUCUCUUUGUCGGGUUCCUUAAUCCGCUGGGCAUGCUCACUGCCAUGGCUGUGGUGACAGCAGUGUUCCUGGGCUCCCUCUGGGCAGCAGACAAUAAGGCAGCGAUUAACAACUUCAAGAGGCAGAAUCCCACCUCUUUCGUGGUUGUUGUCAUGGCAGCCAGCUACUUUGUCCUGUCUCUGCUGGGAAGUGUGACCGUGUUCAUGACUGCCAUCACGCUACCUCUUAUAUUGAUUGUCAUCCACGCUUCUUUUCGUCUGCGAAACAUGAAGAACAAACUGGAGAACAAGAUGGAGUUGGCAGGACUGAAGCGGUCUCCCAUGGGACUGCUGCUCGAAGCCCUGGACCAGCAGGAGGAAAACGUGCAGAAAAUCCAGAACUUUUUGGAGGCCAAGCUUAAAGAGGGACUGAAAUAA